AACGAAAUCUUAUCAAUACAGAUUUGAAUUUACCAUAUUAUAUAAAGAUAAACUAUCUCGAAAGUACACCGCAUACUGUAAAUGCACACCGAAGUAUUUGUAUUUGCAUUUUGAAAGUUUAUCCGCGUCCUGGUUUUCCUUUUACCUACCAUAUAUCGAAAUGGCUGCCACAGUUCAGGCAGAAUUAUUGAAUGUAGUCAGCUUGUUACAAGCUCCACCUCCUCAACAUAUCGAAGAGCCAAAAUUUAAAAAUCUGGACGAACCACCACUAAAGGGAGGAGUUGACUUGGCAACAAGAAGUAUAGCAAAAUCAUACGCGGUUUCCGACCCAUUUUCGGCCAAAAAAGUACAACCGCUCAAAGAGCAGUACUUUGAAGCGGUAAGGCUCGCAUCGCAGUUACCAAAGGAGACACGUUUGGAAACAUUCAACACUUUUCAUCAGAAAUGUGCCUCGUAUUUGAUCAACAUCUUCUACCGAAUUCCAUCAGAAAAUUUAGAAGAAGCUUUCAAAUACGCUCAAACGCAGGUGAAUAUUUCACUACUGAAUUAUGCUCUAUCGGUAGCACUUCUCCAUCGUGAUGAUGCCGUUGGACAAAAUCUCCAAUUGCCGUCUCAUCUAAAUACGGAGCCUGGAAUGUACUUCGAUAUAGGAAAAAUUAAACAGGAUAUGAACAAUCCGAAACUUUCCGAUGUGAAACCUGCAGGACAAAUGGCAAAGAGAUUUGUAAACAUAAACGACAAUUUCACCGCCACUAAUCUCGAUCCCGAACACAAAAUCGCCUACUUCAGAGAAGACAUCGGAGUAAAUUUGCAUCAUCGUCACUGGCACGAAGUUUAUCCUUUCAAUGCUGAAGAAGUCAUUGUGAAAAAAGAUCGACGAGGAGAAUUGUUUUAUUACAUGCAUCAACAAAUUGUAGCCAGAUACAAUUUCGAAAGAUUGAGCAACGGUUUGCCUAAAGCUUUACCGUAUUCAGAUUUUAGAGAACCGAUUACAGAAGCCUAUUUCCCUAAAAUGGACCAACUUUCCAAAUCGAGCCAAUUUUGUGCCAGACCAAUGAACGCCAUGUUGCAAGAUCUUCACAGAGAAUUCUUUUACAUCAAGCUUUCCACCAUGGAGCGUUGGAGGGACAGAAUUUUCGAUGCUAUUGACCGAGGAUACGCAUACGCAAUAGAUAAGGAAACCAAUGAGGAAUAUAAAAAGAAAAUAGACGAAGAAACUGGAAUCGAUGAAUUAGGAAACUCUGUCGAAGCUGUAGAACAUUUAAGCUGGAAUUAUAAAUAUUACGGGGAUAUGCAUAACAAAGGGCAUUUAUUCUUUUCUUACGUACACGAUCCGGAUCACAGAUUCCAGGAAAAUGGCAGUGUUAUGUCGCAUUCGGAGACUGCUCUCAGGGAUCCUAUAUUUUAUCGUUGGCACGUAUUCAUCGAUGAUCUCUUCCAACAUUAUAAGAGAACACUCCCAUCUUACACCGUGGAACAGAGACGAUUCAAAGGUAUCAAUAUCAAGAGCGUGCAAAUUUUACCCCAAGAACCCAAGCCAGCAAAUCAGACCGAUGAUGAAGAAGACCAUCAUUUCCAUGUGAGCAACGUUCUCAAAACAUACUGGGAAAAAGACGCAGUUGACGUUACUCAAGGUAUACUCAAUCAAGACGUGAAUCAAACACAGGAACAUGUUUAUGCAGUUUUCACUCAUUUGCAACAUAAAGAAUUCGAAUACGAAAUCAAAGUUAAAAAUACCCUCAGCAAAGAUGUGACUGGUACGGUGAGAAUUUUCUUGGCUCCACAUGUUGAUGAAAGUGGAAUGCAAAUGAAUUUCAACGGCCAACGAAGAAUGUUCAUCGAACUGGACAAGUUUACUGCCCAACUGGAUGCCAGCGUAACUACCACAAUCAAGCGUAAAUCCACCGAAUCUUCAGUGACAAUUCCAUUUGAAAAGUCUUUCAUGACCUUAACUGACGUCCAAAACCUGGCCAAUGAUGCGAAACUAAAUCAACAAUUGAAUACAGCUGUGAAUGGGUAUUGUGGCUGCGGUUGGCCGCAUCAUUUGUUGAUUGGUAAAGGAACCACUGGAGACGGACUCUUGUGCGAUUUGUUCGUAAUGAUAACAGAUUACGAAGACGAUAAGGUCGAAGAAAGUCCACUACACCAGAAAUGCUGCGACAAGUCAUCCCUCAGCUAUUGCGGAGUACGUAACAAGAAGUACCCAGACAAGAAACCCAUGGGAUUCCCAUUCGACCGAGAUAUCGCCAAUGUAAACGCCACCAUAAACGAUUUCAUGACCGAAAAACAAGAAGAUUUUGAAAAACAGAACAAGAGCGAUCCUUCGAAGAAACCGCCUGCUCGAUUAUCUAACCAGAUUGUCGUUCCAGUUCGAGUCAGGCAUGAAGGUGGCUACCCGAAAUUGGGCAAGACCUUGAGGGAAUCCGGAUAUACCGAAGAGUCUUGCAAAAAGUUUCUGAAAUCUGCCGCAUAAGGAGCACACCUUCCUUCAUUUGUCAUUACAUAAAUGAAUAUCUACAUACAUACCUACGUUAUAAGUUUGAUUUAUUUUUAAAGUAACGAAUUCGUUUCAAUUUUUUUUUUAAAGAUUCAUAUUCUGCGAACAUUAUUUACCAAUAAUUAAAUACGUAUUUGUAAA